UCAAAAAAGACUCAAAGCUUCCAAUAGCAUCUUUUCCUAAGGAACCAAGAGAACAUGCGUCCAUCCUGCAUUCCAUCUGCUUGCUUUCUCUUGCUCUUAAGCGUUCAGCUCCUGAAUGCGCUCCCACUGCAAAGCGGGGCCUUCACUAAUGAAGACAUGGAUGUCUUAAAGCUUUUGCUUGCCCGUCUGGAAGAGGCCAUUCUAGCUCCAAUGCAAGAUCAGCCACAGCCACCCGAAGUGCCAAAGCUGGAGGACGCUGUGGUUUCAGAGGAAGAUGGCUAUCCCCAGCCUCAGGUGGACGUGAGAGAUUACCUCUCAGCCCGAGACCUGAAAAACGUGAAACUUGACUCUGGCUCCAAGAAAUAUUCUGCCUGUUUUGGGCGCCGAUUGGACAGGAUCGGUUCCAUGUCCACUCUGGGAUGCAAUACGAUUGGACGCAACAGUGAGUUUCUGAAAGUUAGGCCACUCAUGGCCACUCCACUCGACCAGUACAUUGGUUAA